AUGAGAAGCCGUACCAAGGGUUCCGGCCAGCUAUGGGCGCUUUCUCCUGGGGAUGUGGCGGGUGCUUGGGCUGCUGAGAAGCAGAUCGCUGCUGGCCUCUACGUUUCUCUGCUUGCUCGGGUCCAGCACAUGGUCCCCACCGCCGCCGAUGUCAUGGCGUACAUGGACACCGGCGUGGCCGGCGACAUGGAGGCGGCGGCCUCCUCCUUCGGCGCCAUGGAAGAGGGGGUCGUCGUCCUCCGCGAGCGCUUCGCUCUUCCGAAGAGAUCGUCGAAGUAG